AUGGGCGUACCCGACAUUACCACCGAGGUUCCGAAAACAGACAUGUCUGAUGGCCCUGGGAUGAUCAAGGUUCAGAAUGAAGAUGAGUUGCGUCUGGCUCAGAUGGGCCACAAACAAGAGCUCGUUCGCCAUUUUUCUGUUUGGAGUCUAAUUGGCCUGGCGGCGAACUGCACCAUUUCAUGGACCGGUCUUGGAUUGGGUUUAAUCACCGAUAUCAAUGCUGGUGGCCCUGGCGCUGUUAUCUAUGGCUUCACCCUCGUUUUUAUCCUCCAGUCAUUUGUCGGAGCAUCUUUAGCUGAAUUUGUGUCCGCGUACCCGACCGAGGGGGGAUGGAUUUUCACAACCGCCUCUACUAACCUAAUCUAUGCGACCACGGUUAUGGCAUUGAUUGCAUUAUAUCACGAAGAUCUGGUGAUCCAACCGUGGAUGACAUUUGUUGCGUAUCAAAUCUUGAAUAUAAUCACAUCAGGUAUCAUCAUGUUCGGGAACCGAUUCAUCCCAGCUAUCAACAAAUUUUCUUUGGUUUAUUUGCAGCUGGCUUGGUUUAUCACAAUGGUGACUGUCGCUGCAUCGGCACCUGUCCAUAAUGACAGCAAGUUCGUGUUUCGAACUUGGAUUAAUAAUACUGGAUGGGAUAAUAAUGUCAUCUGUUUCAUCACGGGCCUUGUCAACCCGCUGUAUUCCCUUGGAGGGUUGGAUGGAAUUUCGCAUAUUACAGAGGAAAUGCCGAAUCCUGGCAGAAACGCGCCUUUGGGGCUUGCUAUUACAAUGUCAAUUGCUUUUGUGACUGGCAUCACAUAUCUAAUCAGUCUGAUGUUUUCCGUCCAAAAUUACAGCUCAUUGGCAGAUACUCAAACUGGACUUCCCCUGGCUGAAAUCUUCUAUCAAGCAACAUCGACAAAAGGAGGAGCUUUCGGGCUCGUCUUUAUAAUCUGGAUAGCAUUGGGACCUUGCGUAAUCGGUUCUCAACUUAGUACUGGUAGGGUUUUCUGGGCAUUCGCUCGUGACGAAGGUCUACCAUUAUCGCGAAUCUGGGCCCGUAUCCACCCUAAACUCGGAGCGCCAUUCAAUGCACAGCUUUGUGUUGGUGUGAUUAUCGCUCUACUAGGGUGUAUCUAUCUAGGUUCCAGUACCGCAUUCAACUCCAUGAUGAGCUCUGCUGUGACGAUCAAUAACCUCGCAUACAUCGUCCCAAUACUAACUAAUGUACUUCUCUGUCGUCGUACAAUGCAUCGUGGACCUUUUGCAAUGAAUCAGGUCUUGGGAAUGACAGUGAAUAUCGUCUCAGUGCUCUGGCUUAUCUUCGCCAUUGUGUUCUUUUCCUUCCCAUACGAAAUGCCCGCAACAGCAUCAAAUAUGAACUAUACCUGCGUUGUAGUGGGAGGUUUUCUACUCAUCGAGCUUGUGUGGUGGAUUAUUGCGGGCAAGAAAUACUCCCAAACGGUACAGAGAGCCCGAGAGGAACAGACUGCGGCAGUAAUAGUUGAUGAAGUCCGGCGGAAAGAUUGA